AUGGAAGGCGAUAUCGUCACUUUUGCUCUCCCACUACCCUCUGGGGUCACCAGAGAGAUGGAGUCUCAGAUUCUGAAUAAUGGGUCACAAUCUCAUCAUCGGCAUCAGUGGGAGAAUCAAAAUCGUUUUUCCCCUUUGUCUGAGCUAGGUAACGAGAUGGGUACUGAUCAAACUAAUAAGUCUGAGUCUUUGGGGGGAUUUGAUUUCACCAAAAAGUCUUAUUCUGUGGACAUUACACCUUUGGCUCUGUGGGACCCAUAUUAUGUUAGUGAUCUCGUCAUUUUGGAAGAUGAUUCAGAUGGGCCUUCGAUGGAGGAGGAAUUGGAGCCUUCAGAAUGGGGUAGCCCUUUUGUAGACUGGGGAGCCUUAGAUGCCUUGCAUACAGCUGGAGGUAUAAUUCUAAUGUGGGAUAGAAGGGUUUUUGAGAAAAUUGAUCUGGUAGUUGGUAGUUUUUCAGUUUCAGUUUUAUUAAAGGGAGUGUCAGAUGGCUUUGAAUGGAUCUGUUCAGGGGUGUACGGACCAACUAACGGAAGCCUUAGGGAUGCCAUGUGGGCAGAACUGGACUCUGUGAGGUCACGGUGGGAUGGGGCUUGGUGCUUAUUUGGUGAUUUCAAUGUUAUCAAAUACCCAGCUGAGAGACUUGGUUGUAAUUCUUUUAGUCCAGCUAUAUUUAAAUUUUCAGAUUUUGUUGCAAAACAUUUGCUGGUGGAUUUGCCUUUGGUGGGAGGUGAAUAUACUUGGUUUCGAGAUUCAGAUAAUCCAUCAAUGUCCAGAAUUGAUAGAGUUUUGAUGUCAGCUGAUUGGGAGGAGCAUUUCUUAGAUGUGUCCCAAAGGACUCUCCCUAGGGUGGUGUCGAAUCACUAUCCUUUACUAGUGGAGGCGGGUGGAGUUUCAAGGGGGAAAAGCCCUUUUAGAUUUGAAAAUAUGUGGCUAAAGGUGGAGGAUUUUGUGGAUAAGCAUUGGAACAAGCAUGUUUUUGGAGAUGUAGCUUUUAAAAAAAAGAGUCUACUAACUGAGCUCUUAAACAUUGACAAGAGAGAAGAGAUGCAGGUGAUGACUCCAGAGGACAGGGCUAGAAGGUUGGUGGUUAAAUCUGAUAUAGAUUACUUGGCUUCUUUGGAAGAGAUUUCUUGGAGGCAGAAGUCCAAGGCCCUUUUUAUUAAAGAAGGUGAUAACAACACGCGGUUCUUUCAUAGAAUUGCCAAUUCACAUAGGCAUACCAAUCAGAUCAGGGAAGUGGAGGUGGACGGCUUUCGAUAUGAGGAUGAAUCAAAGGUUACAGAUCAGGUAGUGGAUUUCUAUAAAAAAUUAUAUCAGGAACCAGAAGCUUGGAGGCCUACUAUUGACGGUUUAGAGUUUGCUUGUUUAGACAAAACUGAGAGGUCUUUGUUGGAGAGGGAGUUUGAGAAGGAGGAGAUUAUUGAGGCUCUCAUGGAGGCGGAAGGGGAUAAGGCCCUUGGGCCAGAUCGGGGUGUCAUGGCAUUUUUCAAGGAUUUUCAUAGUCAGUGUGUUUUUGAGAAAUCUCUUAAUGCCACCUUUUUGUGUUUGAUCCCCAAGAAGACUAAUGCAGUCAAUAUUAAAGACUUUCACCCUAUUAGUCUUGUGGGUAGCCCUUACAAGCUUUUGGCUAAGGUAUUGGCUCAUAGACUCUAUGGGGUGUUGGAUAAACUGAUAUCUGACUCUCGGAAUUCUUUUGUGGGAGGAAGACAGAUUCUUGAUUCGGUUCUAAUUGCUAAUGAAUGUUUAGAUAGCAGGUUGAAGAGUGGCAUCCCGGGUGUCAUAGUUAAAUUGGACAUAGAGAAGGCUUAUGAUCAUGUGAAUUGGAAUACCUUAUUCUACCUUAUGGAAAGGAUGGGCUUUGGGGCGAGGUGGAGAGGUUGGAUUAAGGCGUGUAUUUCUACAGUUAAAUUCUCAGUUUUGGUCAAUGGGUCUCCUGCUGGUUUCUUUGGUAGUUCUCGUGGCCUGUGCCAAGGAGAUCCUUUGUCUCCCCUUUAA